GCUCAUUGUACAAAAUCUGGAGGAUCAGAUCUGCAAUUUUACCAUUGAGAAAAUUACAAAAAGAGGCCAGAAACCGACACAGAUGUGGUGUCAACACAUAAUCAGGGUGUUGACACUAUACGUCAAGCGACCAAAAUUAGAGUAUGUUUCCUGUUAUGUGUGGACAUAUAAUUCAGGGUGUCGGCACUAUGCAUUCAGAGUCUAAAAUUCAAGUUUCCUAUUCUGUUCCAAGUCCUACUUCUUUUCUAAUAGGUUUCUUAAACCCUAUAAAUACCCAUUCAGAAAUCAGUUUUAGGACUUUAGAGAGGAUACCAAGAGAGACUGCUAAGAGGAAUUCAACAUCAAAAGGAGACUAAGGCUCGAGAAGGAGUUAAAUGUCGAUUGAAGUCAUGACCAUGUACAAUCUCUCGGCUUGGUGACCCCAAAUUGCCAAAGAUAGAAUCCCAUACACGAAGACGGUUAUCCUGAGAUGUAGUAAGAAUUUUGCCGCCUGACAGUGGAGAGA